AUGAAACUACGCAUACAACAGGCCUUGCACGAGAGCCCCGAAGUUGCCCUGCCGGUUCUGUUGCAUCUUGCGAUAUAUAAGCUGGACAAGGAUACCACCAGCAGCAACAUCGCAAACACGGCUCUCGCCUAUAAGCUGGACAAGGAUACCACCAGCAGCAACAUCGCAAACACGGCUCUCGCCUUCUUCUUUUGCAGAUUCGGCAAGGUGCAGGCAGCACGUGGG